AUGGUUGUCAUCAAGGCUAUUGCACACAAGGACUCCGCACAACUGACUCCAUGUCUUAACGACCAAAGACCUCACCCAUCACGAACCUUUGUACCCGAGCUCAUCGAAGGAGCUCAAGCAAAGCCGUGCACCGGCUGGAUGAACCUCCGAAAGCCACCUCAAAGCGGCUGGUGGGCAGACAGACAAUUUUGCCAAUGCCCACCCUGCUAUUUCUACAACCUGACUGAUCAGAUCAACAGUGGCGCUUUGCCUUUUGCCGUUGCUGUUCCGCUUGCGCAAUUGAUCAACGUGGGCUUGAUCAGACUCAACUUCCGCCACGCCGAACACGCAAAUGUGUUUACAGCCGAAGACAAAGACUAUGCUUUGUCUCUGCAUCGUGAUAUCUGCUAUGGCAUCAAUUCAGGCCAACUUCCUCUCCAGCUCCUGGAGAUGCUGUUGACUGCAUCCCGCAAGGCUGUGCUCAAGCCACUGAACCAAGAGGAUCCAGAGUACCACCACAAAGAGUUUGAGUUAUAUCUCAAACGUGCCAUCCAACGAUGCAAUGAAGAUCAGAGCAACGGCAAGGGUUGUCUGGAUGAUGAAGAGCAAACCCAAGAAGGUGCUCAUGCAGAAGAAGAACACGAUCCCGGAGUCUGGCCGUCAGAGGCUGUUGAAAGCGCGAGCGACAAAGACGAUGACUCGGACAAAGAGACGCAAGCUUUCUAUCAUUCCUUAAACUCCAUAGAUGAAUUGCUGACUUGGCUGCAGCGCUUUCUUGUGGACCGCUCCUGCCAAUCAAUCGACUCACUCGUAAAGCAGCGAGCAUGCAUCAUUUUAGGAGAUCAUAUAUUGAUCCAUGACUGCACACAACCGAGGGUUGCUUCCUCAGGAUAUAUCUGCGAAGAAGACAAGCCAGAUCCCAGAUGA